AUGGAUUUAAAGCUGUUGCUCCUUGUACUGGGAGUGGGAGCAUUUGGCUAUGCCUGGGCCUAUCCUAAUGGCUAUUAUUAUGGCAAUGGAUAUAAUCCGAGAAAACGAAGUUCUUCGGCCUCCAUAUACAAUUCGCUGGAUCGUCGCUAUCCUCGGAGUAAAGAGGCCACCACCAGCACUAGCACCACGAGCAAUCGUUCCGAUAAGGAGAAUGCGAAAUUUGCUGGAGCCAGCAAUCAGGAAUUGGAUGAUGUGGGCGAUGAGAGGACUUUGCUGUUGAAAAAGAAGCUAAAACGGCUCUAUGGUGCUUAUGGUGGAUACGGUGGUUAUGGUGGUUAUGGUGGAUAUGGCGGUGGCUUCGGUGGUGGCUACGGUAUCAAUCCUUGUCGACCCUUUGGCCGUGAUGCCCAAGGUUCAGCGGGAAGUUCAAAGGAUCCCAAGGAACAGGGACGCUUUCUCUUCGAUGUAAAUGUGUAUAAUGUCAAUGCAGGCGGUUGCCGUGGCUAUGGCGGUUUCGGAGGCGGCGGUGGUCCUUUAUCCGAUCCUAUAGGACCUCCUCUUGCACCCGUUCGCCCUUAUGCGCCAUUCUCGACAUGGCUGUCGCUUUUCGCUCCUGGCAUAUAUCAAGCAGCCGUUUCACCUCCUGCCAUUCCAUUGGCCGAUCCUAUUCGUCCAUUACCAGCGGCUGCUGGGGAUGCGCAAAGUGAUCCGGCAGUGGAUCCCAAUUAUCCUGUUCGACGACCUGUACCCAAUCGUGUUUACUAUGAUUCUGCAGGAGCCCCACCUGUGACACCUGGACAAUUGGUGGGAGGAGUUUCGACCACUAUUAACGGAAUUAUCCAACAGUUGACGGGUCAAGUGCAGCCAGUCUAUCAAACAGGAGCCUAUCGAGCCAGAUCAAGGAAUCAACGUAGCAGCUAUGGCUAAAAAUCCACUAAAAAUACUUUCUUUGUCUGUAAAUAUUUAUUAAGUAAUA